GAGUACUAUUUUUCUUAUUAUUGUUAUUGUUCGGUACGGGGAUUGCCAUUCGCAUGUUCACGUUUAAUAACAAAUGAUUUCGCAAGACUUGAAUACGUUUUAUUAGAGAAACAAAAAUCAUAAAUAACAUUUAAAUCAUGUCACGAUUCAGCGGUGCGCUGCAACUAACUGAUUUGGAUGACUUUAUAACUCCUUCCCAGGAAUGCAUUAAGCCCGUGACAAUUGAUAAGACGAAGUCUAAAACUGGAUCUAAAAUAACUGUACAAGCAGAUGGCUACUACGAAGAAACAGAGAGUGGCAAGCAAAAGCUUCAGAAGGUUGAGAUAACACUGCAAGAUUGCCUCGCCUGCUCCGGCUGCAUAACCUCCGCGGAAGGUGUGCUCAUUACACAGCAAAGCCAAGAAGAGCUGCUCAAGGUGUUGCGAGAAAAUGAAAGGCUCAAAGCUUCUGGCGAUAGUGACCAGGUCCGUACAGUUGUGUUUACAAUUGCCAUGCAGCCGGUGUUAAGCCUGGCCCAUCGCUAUGGCCUCAGCGUCGAGGAGGCAGCACGUCAUUUGACAGGUUAUCUGCGGCAGCUGGGCGCGGACUAUGUGGUGAGCACAAAGAUUGCUGACGAUCUGGCGUUGCUGGACUGCCGACAGAUGUUUAUUGACCGAUACCGAAACAAUGCCGAGCUCACCAUGUUGAGUUCCUCGUGUCCCGGUUGGGUGUGCUAUGCUGAGAAAACGCAUGGCAAUUUCAUAUUGCCCUAUAUUGCCCCAAGUCGUUCGCCGCAGCAGAUAAUGGGUGUGCUGGUAAAAAACAGGCUAGCCGAGUAUCUGAGUUUGCCUAGUUCUCGCUUCUAUCAUGUCACAGUUAUGCCCUGCUAUGAUAAGAAAUUGGAAGCUUCACGCGAAGAUUUCUACAGUGAGGUGAACAGCUCUAGGGAUGUGGAUUGUGUCAUUACCUCAAUUGAAGUUGAGCAAAUGCUUCAGACAGAGGAAAAAACGCUACAGCAAUUUGAACCCUCAAACAUGGAUUGGCCCUGGGGAGAUGAUUCCCCCGAGUCUAUGAUAUGGGCACACGAGUCCACCAUGUCCGGUGGCUAUGCGGAACACAUUUACAAAUAUGCCGCCAAAAAGCUGUUCAACGAAGAGACGCCCGAUGACCUCCAAUUCAAGGCGUUGCGCAAUCGAGACUUUUCUGAAAUUAGCUUGGAAAAGGAUGGAAAGGUCGUACUUAAAUUUGCCAUUGCAAAUGGCUUUCGGAAUAUACAAAAUCUAGUGCAAAAGCUAAAGCGUGGCAAGGGACCAGGCUAUCAUUUUGUUGAGGUGAUGGCCUGCCCAUCCGGAUGCAUCAAUGGUGGUGCACAGGUGCGUCCCACUGCGGGGCAACAUGUGCGCGAAUUGACCCAACAACUGGAACAGCUGUAUAAGCAACUGCCACGUUCAAAUCCUGAAGAAGACGAAACUAAAUAUAUAUAUGAAGAUUUCGUCUAUAACGCCCAAAGCCUACUGCAUACCGAAUAUCAUGCUGUGGAAAAACUCAAUACAGCUUUAAACAUUAAAUGGUAACAAACUAUUUAUUUUGACUCAUUGUAGAUAUAUUUUCU